AUGUCCAACCCCGCUCCUAAAGCCCUGGCGCGGGCGCUGCGCCAGGCCAGAAAGCCUUCGAUUCCUCAUUGCAGACCUGUUCAAUGCAUUCGACCGCUAUGUGAACCCGUACGCUCCUUUUCCACAACACGUCGGCGGCGAGAAGACACAAGUGAGCCUGGGCACAAGGUCAAAUAUACUACGGAUAUGUAUCCCACACUGAAACGAGAUCCAAGAUUCUCAGAAAUCACUCCGGAGCAUAUUCAGUUUUUCAAGUCCGCCAUUGGAGAUGAGGCUGUGAUUGAUGGCGUUACAAAAGAUGCCGCCGACGACAUAGAGGCCUUCAACAGCGAUUGGAUGCGCAAGUACAGAGGCCAUACAAAGCUUGUCCUCAGACCAAAGACCACCGACGAAGUCAGCAAGAUUCUGAAAUACUGCAAUAAGAACAAGUUGGCAGUCGUACCACAAGGUGGGAAUUCUGGUCUGGUGGGAGGAAGCGUUCCUGUCUUCGAUGAGAUUGUGGUGUCUCUUUCUCGCAUGAACCAGAUAAGAAGCUUCGAUGACAUCAGCGGAAUCCUCGUGGUUGAUGGAGGCGUCAUCCUCGAGGUCGCCGACAAUUUUCUGGCCGAGCAUAAUCAUCUCUUCCCUCUGGACCUAGGCGCAAAAGGAUCAUGCCAAAUUGGCGGUAAUGUCGCUACCAAUGCCGGUGGUCUGCGAUUAUUACGAUAUGGAUCACUUCAUGGUAACGUCCUAGGUCUCGAAGCUGUUUUGCCCGACGGCACUAUUGUGGAUGACUUGGGCAAGUUGCGGAAGAAUAACACAGGCUAUGACCUCAAGCAGUUAUUUAUCGGCGGCGAAGGGACCAUAGGUAUCAUUACUGGAGUAUCCGUUUUCUGCCCGCAACGAUCCAAAGCUGUCAACGUAGCGUACUUUGGUCUUCCGUCAUUCGAGCAUGUUCAAAAGGCUUUCAGGGAAGCGAAGAUUCAACUCGGUGAGAUUUUGUCAGCUUUCGAAUUGAUGGACGGUCAAAGCCAGGGUUUCGUUCACAAAGUGACUGGAAACAAGAAGCCUCUGGAAGGUGAUCAUCCUUUCUACGUUUUAAUAGAAACGAGCGGUUCUAAUGCGGAGCACGACAACGAGAAACUUGAACAAUUUCUGGAGCACGUUAUGGGUGAAGAAAUUGUCUCUGAUGGCGUGCUAGCUCAGGACGAAACCCAAGUGAGAUCUCUCUGGGGAUGGCGCGAAGGCAUUACCGAAGCUAUUGGCCAUUUUGGCGGCACAUAUAAAUAUGAUGUGUCAAUACCCAUCCAAGACCUGUACAAAUUGGUCGAAGAAACGAGAGAACGCCUAAAUUCCAAAGGCCUGGUUGGCGAUGACGAGUCAUAUCCGGCUAUUGGAGUGGUCGGAUAUGGUCAUAUGGGUGACUCAAAUUUACAUCUCAACGUACCCGUGCGCAGAUACACCAAAGAGGUCGAAGAAGCGAUAGAACCCUGGGUCUAUGAAUGGAUCCAGAAACGAAGCGGCAGCAUCAGUGCUGAACACGGGCUGGGUAUCGCAAAGAAGAAAUAUAUCGGGUAUAGUCGAAGCGAGAACAUGAUCAAGCUGAUGAAACAGAUCAAGGAUUUAUACGAUCCGCAGGGGAUUAUGAACCCUUAUAAAUACAUAUAG